AAAACUCAAAGUGAAAUCGGAUGCGGAUGGGGGACCCACUUUAGAAUCUCCACUGUUUGCUGAACAAACAAGACGACACCACAAUAAUCAAACUGCGAUAACCAAGUACACACAUAUGUAAAUACAUAUGUACCAACGCGAAUCUCUAAUCUGGAACCCCAUAAAUGGAUCUUUUGGGUCCAGCUGGCAAGUCAGUUGUUAUUCAGCUGGCGAACCGGUUGAAAUUCGUGCUCCGCCCCAUCAACACAAUGGCCACAUACGAACAGGUUAAGGAUGUGCCCAACCAUCCGGAUGUGUAUCUCAUCGACGUUCGGCGCAAGGAAGAGCUCCAGCAGACGGGCGUCAUUCCAGCCAGCAUUAAUAUACCCUUGGAUGAACUGGACAAGGCCCUAAAUCUGGAUGGCGCUGCUUUCAAGAACAAAUACGGAAGAACGAAGCCGGAAAAGCAGUCGCGAAUCAUAUUCUCCUGCCGCUCGGGAAAUCGCGUCUUGGAGGCAGAAAAGAUUGCCAAAAGUCAGGGAUAUAGCAAUGUGUUGAUCUACAAAGGCUCCUGGAAUGAAUGGGCUCAAAAGGAGGGACUUUGACUGUAACUGUACCUAGAUUUCUAUAUAAGCGAAGUGUUGUUGCUGAUAAAAAUAAUAAAAUAAUAAUUGCUGAAAAAA